AUGAUGCCGAACACGAAUUCGCCAGGCGCGCACGGACAGGAUAAGUCGUCUGGCAUUCAUUCCACCGAGAAGGCGACAGCCCCUGCAUUAAACAGGCAUGUAGAUCCAUUGGAGUGUGGCGACGAUGACGUGUCCACGGUGGCCACACCGACGGCACUGAGGCCGGCGACGCCGUCGCAGCCACAGCCACAGCCGCAACUCCGGCAGCAGACGCCGCGCGAGGUGCGUGCGAGCCAAGAGGCGGCGGCGGAAAACGUAAUGCCGGGGAGCCGCGCGGCCACCACUGCUGCUUCAACAUCGGGGCGGCAGAGCACCGUACCGUCGCAACCUUCUGCGACCUCGAAGACUCAGUCGGUUCACUUCUCCCCGCUUGCGGAGAGCGAGAAAGAGAAGAGUGGCAUCAAGGUGGAUGUCACGACGGACGGUAUCACGCGCUCGGAGGAACUUGACCCGCGCGAGCUCGCCCGCCUGUACGCACAGCAGCAGGCUGCCCUCCGUUCUAUUCGUGGGGAGUUUGACAUUUUGUACGUUCCGGAUUGGGUGCGUCUGCACCCCUUGCUGGGCUCCUACGUGGCGGAGGCGUUCGGGACGUUUGCCUGUGUUCUCACUCUUUCCCUUGUCAGCGUGCGUAACCAAAGUCUCUUCGAUAAGAGUGACGACACUAACAUGACAGCAGUUCCGAUCGGAUUUAUGUUUAUGAGCAUGGUAUUUACUUUUGGCUACAUUUCCGGUGGGCAUUUCAACCCUGCCGUCACAGUAGCGGUGUUCCUUGUGCGGAAGAUCGAUAUUGUGCGUGCUGUAGGAUACAUGAUAUGCCAGACAGGUGCGUCACUGGGGGCUGGACUUGUGGCCAUGGCUAUACAAGGGAGUACUGAUAUAUUCGUGCCGCACGUGGACACAGCUUAUGUAUCGUCCGGUAUAUUUUCAGAGCUUAUUUUCACGUUUGCUGUCUCCAUGGUUGUGUUGAACGUGGCGUAUUCGCGACAGAGUGGAAAUUUCUUCUAUGGCUUUGCCAUUGGCAUGACUAUAGCGGCUGGUUCCGCCGCUGUUGGACGAAUUUCGGGUGGCGCCUUCAACCCAGCUGCUGCGACUGGGCUGCAAUUGGCGCUAUGCCUCACCGGCGACUGUGACCCAUUGUCGUCUUUUUGGGUGUAUUGGAUGGCACCGCUGGUUGGCUCUGUUAUCGCCGCGAUUCUCUACUCGCAGAUAUCUCAGCCAGAAGACACACAAGUCCUUUCCGACGCAGCAGUGUUGCAGGAGAAGCAACCAAUGGAAGAAAUGCAGCCGGUGCCGUAG